AUGAAUGCACCCCAGGAGAUCUCAGUGAACGUAGGACCUGGAAGCGGAAUUGCACUUGCGGAAACUGAUCAGAAUGCUGUUCAAACAUUCAAACCCGCCUCUAAGCGUAAAUACAAUGAGGAGAAGAAAGCAAAAGUUAAAGAGACGCGCGAUAGGUCCUCAUGCAUAUUCUGCCAGCUGCGGAAAAAAGAGUGCGAAUUCACUCAGGAUUCUGAUGAAUGCGAUGCCUGUCUCAAGCACCGGUCAACCGACUCACCUAAGAAGAUCUGGGAUCUGCCUUGUGUUCGUGUGCAGCUCAAGGAAGCUUUGGUAUAUCGCAAUGGCUCCAUAAGAUUCCCCACUGGUGUGCACAUAGUUGGACGUUGGGACAACAAAGUCAGCAAGAUAAUUCGACUGUCUUUCCCUGUAGGAGCUUUUCCUGGAACGGAAAUCAUUCAGCGAGGCCCUUGCAUAGAUAUCCAAUGCCGUGGGUUUCAAAGGAACAAUAUUGACAUCCUCUCUCGACAAUAUGUUUCGCCUUCGGGAAUGAAGGAGGUGAAGUUUCCGCCUUUCGCUGUAUCAUCUCCAGUGGGCGCCAGAAAAGCGCUGGAGGCUCUUGUCGACAACAACCUUGCCUACUUCGUCAACGUACUCAAGAUUAAUGCACAUGUCCUCCACCGAAUCACAUUUGACGAAGCGAUGAGGCAAGCACCUGAGAGCUCACUCGUCAAGGGAACGCUAAGAAUUGCAGUCAUAGCUAGACUGAUUUCAAAAAGUUUCGGAAUUAUCGGCACAGAAACGCUCGGUAUACCGUUUGAGAACGACCCGAGCUCACCUUACUACGGACGCACCCCGAUACCGCCAAUGUUAGAUGCACAGCUUGACGAGAUCUGGCGAGACAUCUUGUCUAAACAAAAGAAGAAAACGCUUGCUGAGCUGAAGCGCAAAGUCUUUUCGAAAAAGCGUCGACAGUGGCUGGAGACGUUCUUGGCCAUCUUCAUUCUUUUGCAAACUAUUGAGUUCUCGUACCAACACCAAGUUCGUCAGCUGGAACGGCAUCGAAAGGCUGUAGGUUGA